AUGUCUUCACCACCAGCAAAGAUGAUCGUGUUGAACAGUUCGGACGGCGAGACUUUCGAGGUGGAGGAAUCGGUGAUUUUGCAGUCACAAACCAUCAAGCACAUGAUCGAAGACGACUGCGCCAACUCGGCAAUCCCGCUCCCCAACGUCACCGGCACAAUAUUGUCUAAGGUACUCGAGUACUGCAAGCAACAUGUGAAGCCGAACGACGGCGAAGAAUCGUCCAAGGAUGAGGUAGAAAGUCUGAAAUCGUUCGAUGCUGAGUUCGUGAAAGUUGAUCAGAAGACGCUGUUCGACAUCAUCUUGGCCGCUAAUUAUCUCGACAUCAAGGGCUUGCUUGUCCUCACUUGUCAAACUGUAGCGAAUAUGAUGAAGGGAAAGACUCCGGAAGAAAUUCGCAAGACAUUCCACAUCAAGAAUGACUACACUCCCGAGGAAGAAGAAGAGGUUCGCAGGGAAAAUUCCUGGGCUUUCGAGUGA